ACAGAGAGGGAGUUUACAGAGACGCACAGGGAGAGUGAGUGUAACGGAGCAAGCAGGGACCUACCACACAUUCACAUACAAACAGGGCUCUCUGAGAUGAAAAUGCGCACUUUCUUAUACUUGAUGAAUGAAAACCAGUGAGACGUGUACUACUGGUUCAGUUGGCCAGAAGCCGGAGAAGUUUGAUUUUUUUUUGACUUCUUCGUUUCUUUCUGGAGCUGGGAACACGUUUACCCUGUAGCGAGAACUGAAGACAGAAGGUCAAAGACUGAGAAAAGUGGACCAUCUCCAACUGUUCCUGGACUUUUCCUCUCUCUCCACUCUUGUGGGCAACGUAUGUGAGGAGCGACAGAUUGAAUGCUGAAUGGCAUGUCCCACCUCUCCCAACAACUGCACGGUACUAUGAGGAAGACCAGUCGCCCAGAGUAACAUCAAGAGAGAGGUGGGAUAGAGAGGAUUACUAUCCAUCUCUAUCAUUGGGCUCCCUCCCUCCCACCCACCCCCAGCUUCGACCGCCCCUCCUCUCCAACUCUCCCGUUGCCCCUUGUGCCCCCCCACCCCUCACCCCCCAACAGAGCAGAAAGCGUGAAAAAUCUCACUAAUGGGUUUAUUUGCUGUCAGAUCUGCGCUGAUCUGUCAUUCCUUGGGACCAUUCCACUUGACAUUUCAUAGCUGAGUAAGCCGCCUGGCUUCCCGACUAGAGUUAGCGGUGCCCCAGCAACACCCUGCUUGCUCAGAGCUCAUCAGGACCAGAGCAGCAACAGCAGUCAGUCUGUCUGUCUGUCUGUCAGUCAGUCUGACAGUCCCCCCCCCAGACCCUCAAGAGACCCUCAGAGCUGCAGCCCUCCAGUCUCCUUUACCCCUACUGAGAUCUCUGCAUUAGAGCAGGCGUCAGGCAGCAGCCUCUGUCUGUCUGACAGAACACAAUCCUCCUUAGAGGAUUCAGAUCUUUCCGCACGGAUCCUCGUGUUGAUUCUGUGGCGAGGGAAGAUGUGGUGUGGGCCUCUGGCAGUGGUGGCUGCAGUGUUGUGGACUCAGUGUGUCCUGCUGGAAGGGGUGGAUGCCAAGAAGGAGAGGAAGAGGCCAAAGGAGACCAGCCCACAGCACACUGAGACUUUCAAUGCUACUCUCUCCAACAGUGAAGAAGUUGGUGGAAGCACCAAGGUACCUGACAACCAAAGGGUUGACCCACUGGGAUCAUGGAUGGACUUUGUCAAACGACCCGUCGGCAACUUUCCUGGGAAGUGUCGCAAGAAACGACCCCUGCCUGGGCCUCCUGGUCCCCCUGGCCCUCCAGGGCCCCAGGGCCCUCCUGGCUCCCCUGGGGCAGAGGUCACCCAGGAAGUCCUGCUGCAGGAGUUCAAAGAGAUGAUCAAAGAGGCUACAGAGAGGAGAGCAGCCGUGGACAGACAGACCAGUCCAAGCCAGCUGCCCACAGCCUUCCUGGCCCUGGAAGGGCUGGCUUCUUACAGGAGGAUAGAAGAGGCCUUCCACUGCAAGCUGAAGGGACCUGUGGUUGUUGACAAAAAGACCCUGCUGGAGCUGCAGAACUUCCAGACACCACCUGCUAAAGGAGCCUUCCUGAGAGGCAGGGGCAUGGACCAGUCCACUGGACGAUUCACUGCUCCAGUCACAGGCAUCUAUCAGUUUUCUGCAAACGUUCAUAUUGACCACAACGAGGUGAAGAGGAGCAAAAGCCAACUCAGAGCCAGGGACAAUAUCCGAGUGUUGAUCUGUAUUGAGUCACUGUGCCACCGGUACACGUCAUUGGAAAUGAUUGUUGGAUUAGAAAGCAACAGCAAGAUAUUUACAGUCUAUGUGCAAGGAUUGCUUGAACUUCAGGUGGGACAGUACACCUCAAUAUUUGUGGACAAUGCAGCUGGGGCAUCAAUUACAAUACAGAAUGGCUCUGACUUCAUGGGCAUGCUGCUGGGCGUAUAGCCUCACCUCUCUCCAGUGGCCACAAGGACUCCGGCAACAGAUGCUGUUUGGGCCUACUGUAUCUCAGUGGACUACUAACUGACGUUCUCACCGUUAACAUGAGAGAUUGGAAAGAUGGCUGCUGACACAAGACUUGGGCAAUGUGGCCUCUGAACUUCUGGCAAAUGGAGGAAGGACAGUUAUGAAAGUUUGAGGACUGAGACUCUGUAAAUUCCUAACUGCAGUAUCAUUGGCCAAAAGAGUUUCACUUUAGGACAGAACAAUCUGAUGGACAAGACAGUGGAUUUCAUUUUCUUCCUCAAACACCAUGAACCAUGACAAGCUAUGGUUGUUCUGCAUCACAUUAUGAUGCUUUGUUAUCUGUUCCCUAUACAGACUUUGCACUGAUCAUCACAUAGAUGGAUGUGCAGUGUAGCGGAAUAGUGUAACUGUGUAUUUAUCUGUUUGGAUUGGAACCCAAAUUCAUUGUAUACACCAGUUAUUGCAUGUAAAGGGUUUAUCAUUUCAUCAAUCUCUAGUCAUUAAUUAUGGUACGUAGACUAUGUGACUACACUGGAUAAUACAAAUAUGCUCAGUGGAUAUUGUAUGGGCCAUCAGAGGCAUCUCUGUUAUGACAUCUAUUGCAACAUGUUAUUUCUGUUUUAUUGCAUUUAGAAAAUGAGUAUAGCCUACAGUUUUCAAGUGUACAGCUAUGGAAGGUACGUGAGGUGACUGAAUAAAAUGAACGUAGGACACUCGAACAAGCUCAGUACUAAACACUGGCUAUGCUAAGUGGAUCCAUCAACACACACCAUGAUGAGUAUUGUGGUACAUUUCUAAUAUUGGUUUCUUUUAGCACAGUCAAUGAAGUAGUCUGUAAAUUAUGAUUAAAUAUUCUCUAGUAAUACUUAACUAAAAGCUGUUAAAUUGAAUGUUUUUGGUAUUUAUGUUUCUGUGUAUCCAAAUAUUUAAUGAAAAACGAUUGAACUUAGCCUAUACCUCGUCUGAACCUAAAUAUAAAUGAGAAAGAGUAUUAAGACCAUAUUAAUUCCAAUUAAAUGUCAUAUCUCAUUCUGAUUAUAUUUUUUCAUUAGGUCUUUUGAUAUUGUACUAUAAUCAAAAUUAAAAUAUUUUAAAUAAAGGGUCCUAUAUCUGUU